AUGUCAUCUCCCACUUACCUUGCCUCCCCGACGGAGGUCGCUCCUCAGCCGAGCGCUCCUAUCCAGCAGAGCCGCAAGGCGUCCAGGCCAUUCGACCGCGAGGACGCGGAUUUCAUCCUUCGCUCCGGAGACCAGGUCGACUUCCACGUCCAUCGCAUCAUUCUCACUCUGGCGUCGCUCGUCUUCGCGGAAAUGCUCUCUCUCGCUCAGCCGCCGGACGCGGCUGGUACUGAGCGGCCGAUCGUUGACGUGUCUGAAGAUAGCGAAGCGUUGGACGUCUUGCUGCGCGUCUGCAAUCCCGAGCCAGUUCCAGACUUCCCGUCGCUCGGCUUCCUUCACCGCGUUCUCGGCGCAGCGAUGAAGUACGAAGUCCAUGCGGCGAUCGUCUUAGCGAAGAACGCUAUAGUCCAGCCGCGAUUCAUGGACGAAAGCCCUCUUCAUGUGUUCGUCAUCGCAUGUCGCUUGGGACUAGAGGAUCAAGCUGCUGCCGCGGCGCGACACGCUGUCGAGAAGGAUCUCGUGGAGGGCGUAACAUGCCCGGGGCUGGACGAUAUCUCCGCUGGAGCAUACUACCGUCUGCUGGAUCUUCACCGUUCCGUCGUCGUCGUGAACCAUGGCAGUGGCAAAAGAUGCAAAUAUUGCCCCCGCAGAAGCACGAGUCGUCAAAUCACCACCUCUGUAGGGUCAUUCUGUGAACCAUCGAAGCGUUCCGCUUCCGUGCAGAGGGCACCUCUCCAAGCUGUCAACUCCCCCUUCGAUGCGCCGGACGCCGAUCUCAUCCUCAGGUCCAGCGACUCGCUCGAGUUUCGGAUAUCGCAAACUAAUAUCGCGAUCCUUUCAACUUCGGAUCUGAUCGCUCGUGCACCCCGUUCGGAGCUUCACCACGAUGGUGAGAAUGACGAUCAGCUGUCUGUUCACCUAAUGGCGGAAGACAGCGUCGUCGUUGACGCGAUGCUCCGAAUGUGCGUCUUAACAAGCAGUGUCCCCCUCGACGACCUCGACCUACUCCUCGACGUCCUCUCUGCCUCUCGCAAAUACGGGCUACCGAGGGUGGAGGCGAUAAUACGGCACUCGUGGCCGAUAUACAUCACACGUGAUCCUCUGCGCCUCUAUUUCGCCGCCGUGCGGUACGGCUGGGUGACGGAGGCACACCUGUGUGCCCGUUCGCUCUUUCGGGUCCACGACAUCCCCUCCAUACACGAGCGGUAUCUUCUUGAAUUCGAGACGAUGGCGAAUGGACCAUAUCGCCGGCUGCUGUCUUACCUCGAAGCGUGCUCCCAAGCCGCUACGGCUGAUUUCCAGCUUCAACUUGAAGUACCGCAGCGUCCAUGCUGCGGGGCGCCCGAGCAGUGCCCUUGCCAAGCCCGGUAUCCCAACUCCAUUCACACGACGAACUCCAACACCGAGGACGUUUGGUCACUAACCCAGUUUCCCAUUUCCCACAUCCGAUCGCUCACAGCCGCGCUGAGAAAGAAGCCGUGCGGGUCUACUCUCGGCAGCGAUUCCCAAGCGGCGAGGACGUUCUUGGGGGCUAUAGCCAACGAUUCACCCCCUUGUCAGACCCAUCAUCAGGGUGUUUUACUGGCCGUGACAUGUCCACCGGCGACAAACUUAAAGUGGGCUUGGGCGGUCCUCGAUGCCUACGCUUCCGCGGUGGAUAACGCUGUAUCGAAGCAUUGGUCGUUGCGGUCGGAGCUCGCAAUCUCUCCCGGCUCCUCGCGAAGUUCCAGAACGGUCAUGGCAUCAAGUUCCACUCCUGAGCCCCUCUCCGAUGUGGUGACUGGUGCUCCUCAGCUUAGCACUCAACAAAGCCGCAAGGCAUCCGCGCCAUUCGACCGCGAUGACGCUGACCUCAUUCUUCGCUCUAGCGAUAACAUCGAGUUCCACGUUCACCGUGUUAUUCUCACCCUGGCAUCACCUGUGUUCGAGGGUAUGUUCAGCAUUCCCCAGCCUCCCGACGACACAGGUUCCGGGCGACCGGUCGUUGACGUCUCUGAGGACGGCGAAGCACUGGAUGUCCUGUUGCGCGUCUGCUACCCCGAACCGGAUCCAGAACUAAGAUCACUCGACCUCAUCCGUCGGGUUCUCGGCGCCGCCAUGAAGUACGAGAUGAAAGCGGCGAACGUGUUGGCCAAGAGCGCCAUAUUCAAGCCUCGACACCUGAAAUCCCGUCCUCUCCAAAUAUUCGUCAUCGCGUGUCGCCUCGGACUAGAGGCCGAAGCGUCGCUCGCAGCACAUAGCGCCGUCGACAUGGGCAAGGUCGACGGUCACCUGCACUGUCUCGGAAUCGACGAUAUCUCUGCUGGCGCAUACUACCGGCUACUAGAGCUCAAACGCGCUCGGGCCCAGCCGCAGAAGCCCAGCCACACGCAUAUUGGGGAAAAACCAAGCUCUAGAACCUCCAUCGCCCCUGGGGCAUUCUGCGAACCGGUCCCAAGGCAUGAGACUUCCGCGAGGAACUCACUUUCGGCUGUUCGCCCUCCUUUGGAUGCACCGGACGCCCAUCUCAUCCUCAGGAGCAGCGACGGCGUCGAUUUCAGAGUGUCGCGCUCAAACAUCGCCAUCGCUUCAGCUAGGACCCUACGAGAGCGUACGAUCCCCUUGGAGCUCUGUGAGGACGACGGUGAUUUGUCUAUCCAUCUUAUGGAGGAGGACAGUGUCGUUGUUGACACAAUGCUUCGGAUGUGCUGCGCAGAGAGCGGUGCGCCACCCGAUGACCUCGACUUACUCCUGGAUGUCCUCUUCGCCGCCCGCAAAUAUGACCUGCAACUAGUGGAGGCCACGAUACGUUACUCAUGGCCGACGAUCUUGGAGAAGGAUCCCCUUCGCACCUAUAUCCAUGCUGUGCGCUAUGGCUGGGUUGCGGAGGCACGCAACUGCGUCCGCUCGCUUUUGCAAAACCACAGCAUCUCCUCGACAUGCACGCGGUAUCUCCCCGAGUUUGAGACGAUGCAGAAUGGACCAUAUCGGCGACUUUUGGUCUACCUCGAAGCGUGUUCUCAAGCCGCACAACUGCCUGCCGACUCCUGGCUCGACAUCAAGGGAGCACCGAGACGUUCCUGCGUGUAUAUGAACCCUUGCUAUUCGCGGUAUCCGGAUAAUCUUUGCAUUAAUACUCAGCUGGUGGGCCACAGUGCAGUGAGCAAGCCGGUGCUUUUGGCCCUUGAAUCCAUCCUUCACGCGCUCAAAGACAGACCAUGCAAGUCCACGUUGAGCGGCAACACCAAAGUGGCCAGGAAAUUCUUGCAAGCCGCAGUCAACGACCUUCCGACUUGUCGGGACCCUGACUUUCACGUUUUCGGUAUGGACAAGCCUAGUUUCACCCCUCGAAACGGACCACCCUGCUCUCCUCAGACAAAUCUGACCUGGGCGUGGGCAGUCCUUGAUUCCUAUGCUUCGGCGGUGGACGAUGCUGUAUCGAAGGUGCCAGUGGACUUCAUCUGA